CUUUGCUGACCUUCUAAAGGAGCUAAAAUCAUACUUUCACUCCACAGAUUCCAGAUAGGCCUUCUCAAUACGCAGAAAAAGAGUUUCAUGGUAGUUUAACACAAGAUGAAGCUGAAGGUCUUCUGUCUAAAGCUAAUGAUGGCGGUUAUCUUGUUUGGAAAACCAAAACUUCACCCGGAAGACUUGUUCUCUCACUAAGAUGCAAAGAUUCAAUCAUCAAGCACCAUUUUAUAUCCCAUAGAGGAGGAAUGCAUUACGCAGACAGUUUGGCGUUCAAAAAGCUUGAGGAUCUUGUCAAUAAAAUCCUAAUAAUUAAUGGACAAUCCAAAGGAAAUGGUAGGGGAGUCGGUGGGGAAAAGGAAAGAAAACAGCUAACAAGUGAUGACGAUAAAUUACUAACUAGCAGCGCGAGAAAACACGGAAGCGAUGUGGAUAUAGGUGAAAAUGUUUCUGAACCUGAAGAAAGUAUUUGGGACCAGUUUAUAAAUGUAAUUAAGGGAAACACCCCGAAAGCUACGAAAAUCGUGUGUCAGACGAUUCCUGAGAAUAAACCAGCUCACUUUGGGAAUGAAUUUCAUGGUUCCCUCUCACCUGAGGAAGCUCAAAAAAUUGUUUCUCAAUAUGAAGAUGGGCACUACCUUGUUCGAGAAAGCAUAACUGAUGACACUCCCUGUUUCGCUCUCACAUUCAGGUAA